AUGGCGUCUUGUAGCUCUGUCAACAUUCACAAGAGCAAAUCGCCAGCUUCUGAAAGUGAAGAUGAGAUAGAGUUCGUUGGAGAAGGACCUUUAAGACCUGUACUUGAAUGCAUUGACCUUGUUAGUAGUGAGGAUGAAGAACCUAACAGCAGUUCUUCUGUUCAUAGAAAUACCAAGCGUAAAGACCACAUUGACUAUCAGAAAGAACGAGUUGCAUCAACCUUGGACCGUCUGGCACGCCAUGUUGAAGUAGAGAAACAGCAAAAAGAAGAGAAAAACAAAGCCUUUAAGGAGAAAGUUGAUUCCCAAUAUGCUCAUGGGUUGCAAGAACUAGAAUUUAUUCGGGAACACAGUGACACAGAAGCUGCAAGAUUAUGUGUGGACCAGUGGUUAAAAAUGCCAGGUCUCAAACCAGGCACCGUUAACAGUGGAAAAAGGGGCAUUUAUAAGAGGGCAGGUCAGACGCAAGUCAACAGCAGUCCCAUAUCUUGUCCUGUGAUGCAUUGCAACAGAGAGUUUGAUAAUGGUCAUCUUCUCCUAGGUCACCUUCAAAGGUUUGACCAUUCUCCUUGUGACCCAACAGUCACAUUACAUGGACCCCCAAAUAAUGCUGUUGCCUGUGUGAUAUGCUGCAAAAGAUUUUCAACCUCUCAGCAGUACAGUGAUCAUCUUUUAUCCAAGCUAAAUGAAAAUGAUGGACAUAAAAAAGAUCUCCCUCCACAGCAUAUUCAGUGUUUUGCAUGCCCAAACUGCUUCCUCCUUUUCACCAAAAGAGACGAAUGCUUGCAGCAUAUGUCAGGAAAGAACCACUUCCUUCAGGUUUCUAAAUUGAGUGAUGAAAUGAAGGCUGGCCUUCCUUUGCCUUUCCCAUCCUAUGCAAAGAACCUUCUGAUAUCUCUGUGCAAAGAGGUCCCCUUCCAAGUGAAGUGUAUAUCCUGUUACCAGAUACUACGCUCACAUAUGGAAUUAACAGCUCAUUUCAGAACGCGUUGUCGUAAUUCUGGGCCUGUGGCUCUGUCAAAGAAGAGCAUCUCCGAAGUUGCAGAGAUUUUUAAAACAAAAGGUCACUGUGAGAACUGUGAUAUACUGUUUGCUGAUAAGAAUGAGAUCACCCAGCAUAAGCAAACCACUCAACAUAACAUUAAAAUUCUUACUACAAUGGAAGAGUCCAUCUUGAUGUUCUGUCACAUCAAUGGAAAAAACAAAAAUCAGUCUCACUUGUGCCAUAUUGUGGACCGGUCAAGACCACUGCUUAAAAGACAUUUCAUUUCCAAUGAGUCUACCAGUGAAAGGGGGUCUACGCCUUCAAAACGGAAGAGCAAUUUAAAAGAUAAAAAUGAAGAUCAUGUACAAGGUAGUGCUUGCAAAAUAAAGGCCUGGUUUUGUGAAUGCCUUCAAAAGUUUUUUACAGAAGAGUCAGUAGAAAAGCACAUUUUAUCAGCAAAUAGGAUCUGUCACAAGUGUGCUGUGUGUGGAAAGCUUGCUGAAAAUUCAAGCAUUAUCCGCUUGCAUAUGAGUCGAUUCCAUGGGGGAGCACACUUGACUAAUUUUCUUCUCUGGUGCAGAGCAUGCUCUGUAGAUCUUCUCAGAGAAGAAGAUAUUAUGGGACAUGUGACUGAAUUUCAUGGUGGACAUAGUUAUUAUUAUGAGCAAGAAGCUCUAGAAGAUGAACCUAUGCCAUCUGCUUCUCAUGCAGCAUGCAUUUCUGCAGGUGAAAGGAAAGACUGUAUUCCUAGUCCUAUGGAACUCUCCCCUGAAAAAGGUCCUAUUCUGGGAAAAUGGCAAUGCCGCAUUUGUGAGGAGAUGUUUGAAUCUGAAGAGAGUGUUAAACAACAUUGCAUGUCCUUAGAAAGCCAUGCAUUUCACAGAUACUGCUGUGGCUUAUGCAGAAAUCACUUUCGGAAAGUAGGAACUCUACAGCGACACUUCCAAGAGCAUCAUAACCAGGAGAUACAGACUAAAUACUUCUGUGGCCUUUGUGGUAAUCUCUUCUUUGACACAGAAGAAGAAUUUCUAAUCCAUUAUAAGGAGAUUCAUAGCAUGGACUAUGCAUUUGUGCCUGAGCAGAUGGAAGUAUCAAUAAAAAAAGAGGAGGACUUCCUCCCAGUAGAAAAAGGAGACCGUUUAACCUGUGGUUGCCGGACAACUUACGUCUCCAGAAUAAACAGGAGGAAUGAUUAUGUAAAUUGUCAGAAAGCCAUGCUGCAAAAAGGAAACUUAUGGUUUCGAUGCUGCUUCUGUUCUGCAACUGCACAGAAUUUUGCUGAUUUGAACAGUCAUCUCAGCAGUCACGCAUCACUGAAACAUAAGGAAGAGAUGUAUGUUGUUAGAUGUGCUGCAUGCAACAAAAACUUUGACGAUCUUCAGAGCGCACAUCAGCACUAUCACACGAAACACUGCUUCUUGCAGAAACCUGAUCUAUCAGGUCUUGCAUCAGAAUUGGAAAACACGGUAUUCAAGUUCACAGCAAGUGGGGCUUGUGUCGACAGAAAACCUCACAAGCUAAAAUUUCAAGCAUCUCCAUCCAAGACUCAGGAAAGACCACAGUCUUCUCCUCUGCAGGGGCCAAUACAGGGAAAGAAAGCAAAAAAAGAAAACUUAGCACACUCUGAAGAACCUGGUGAAGAUGAUGAACUUCCUGAUCUUGACUACCUGAGUACCAUGACUCACAUUGUGUUGGUGGAUCUGGACAACUGGGGAAGCUUAUUCACGCAGCUGCCAGCUAACCUGAACCAAGGGACAUUUAUCUGGGGCUUUCAAGGAGGAUACAGCAACUGGAAACCUCCAGUGCAGUGCAAAGUUUACAAUUAUCUUAAGAGGAUUGGAUGUUUCUUUCUUCAUCCACGUUGCGGUACCAGAAGAGAAGCAGCAGACUUUGCUCUCUGUGUUCAUGCUGGUCGUUUGGAUGAGCACCUGCCCAAGCAAAUUCCUUUCACUGUACUGUCUGGAGACAAAAGCUUCCUGGAAUUGGAAACUCAAUUUAAGAUGACCCAGCGGUCAGCUCGCAUCCUAAAUCCUCACCACAUUGAAGGAGACAUGAUGUGUGCCUUGCUAAACAGCAUUUCGGAUACCACAAAAG